AUGACUUCUCCUUGCAUUCAAAAAGAUAUAGUUAAUGCAAUUGUAAGUGAGACAACUGAAAUGAUAAUCAAUGAUCUUGGUGGAGAAUUAUUUGCAAUAAUAGUUGAUGAGUCAAGAGAUAUAUCAGUGAAAGAGCAAAUGAUUGUGUUUAUUCGGUAUGUGGAUUCAAGUGGGCAUAUUAUUGAGCGUCUUCUUGGAAUUACUCAUGUUCGUGAUACUACAUCUAUGUAUCUUAAAGUAGCAGUUGAAGAUCUUCUAACAAGACAUGGAUUAAGCAUUUCAAGAAUACGAGGCCAAGGCUAUGAUGGAGCAAGUAAUAUGCAAGUUGAGUUCAAUGGUCUUAGGACUUUGAUACAGAAUGAGAAUCCAAGUGCUUUUUAUGUUCAUUGUUUUGCUCAUCAACUACAACUAGCACUUGUGGGUGUUGCAAAGGAAAAUAAUGAUGUUGGAGAUUUUUUUGUCAUUGUCUCGCAAUUGUGCAAUAUUGUAUGUGUUUCAUGUAAGCGCAGGGAUAGCUUACGAGACAAACAAUUAAAGAUGUUGAUUGAUUCAAUUUCUGCUGAUACAAUUGAAAUGGGAAUUGGUUUGAAUCAAGAAGCAGUUUUACAACGGCCUAGUGAUACACGUUGGGGAUCUCAUUAUGGUGCACUUGUGAGCAUUCUGAAAUUAUUUUCUCCAGAUGUUUUAGGAAUUACUAAUGACUUGUCACAGGCAUUGCAGAAGAAAGAUCAAAACAUUGUGAAUGCCAUGAGACUAGUUGAUGCCUCAACACAAAGAUUGCAAAUGAUGAGAGAUGAUGGGUGGGAAGCUCUUUUACAAGAAGUUUCACUAUUUUGCAAAAAGCAUGCAAUUCCCAUACCUAAUAUGGAUGAAGUUUAUGUAGUUCCUGGAAGACCUCGUCGUAAUAUUGAAGAAAGAACUCAUCUUCAUAGAUACCGUGUCGAACGGUUUUGUGUGGUCUUAGAUCUACAAUUCCAAGAGCUAAACAACCGUUUCAAUGAGAAGAAUACAGAGUUGCUCUUAUGCGUGGCAUGUUUUGAUCCAAGGGAUUCAUUUGCUAUGUUUGAUAAGGAUAAGUUAAUUCGAUUGGCACAGUUCUAUCCAAAUGAUUUUUCUGAUAUUGAACUUGAAGUACUAGAUAACCAACUACAGACUUAUUUUAUUGAUGUAAAUUCUGAUCCUGAUUUCUCUAAAUUGGAUGGUAUUGAUGAAUUAGCUCAGAAAAUGGUGGAAACGAGAAGACAUUUGGACUAUACGUUUGUGUAUUUGCUUCUAAAGUUGUCUUUGAUUCUACCGGUUGCAACUGCUAGUGUGGAAAGAGCAUUUUCUGCUAUGAAGCUUAAAAACUAUGAGCCUCUGAUCAUGUUCAAGUCCCUUCUGGCUUAUGUUCAGCUUCUAUGUUUGUGUACUCAACUACUCAUUGAAGUUAUUUUGAUAUUGUUAGAUGCUCCAAAGGUGGAGGAAAUGGAAGCCUUCGAUCCUGGCUCAGGAUGA